UCCAUGGCAUCUCACCUCACUCUUUCUUCUCCAAUAUGAUAUUGACAAUGAUACCCUGCUAUUAUUAUUGCCAGAAACCUCCAAAACUUUAAUGCCAUGAAACAAACAAUCGAAAAAUCCUUGUGGAUACACUCUCUCCUUUUUAACCAUUUUCUCAUUCCUCAAUUUUGUCUCUUCUCAUUCAAUCAAUUCAAUCCCUAAUGUCUCCCAUUCUGUAAUUUUUUAUUAACUUCUCUUCGUUGAUGGAGAUUUAGGGUUCUUACCUUGCUGUAAUUGCAAAAUUAGGGCACAAAAUUUGCACCCAAUUAUUCUUCAGUAGCGUAUUUUAACUGGCGUCGUUGUCACUGGCCGCUGCCAUUUUCAACAUUCCAUUCAUUCAUCUGCUCAACGAAAUUAGCCACAGAGACCCACCCCCAUUGACGAAUUUCAAUCCUUACUGGAGAAAAACUGGCCACGAGAUAUCUGGUGGCCCGUGUAGCUUUUAUACGCCAGAUUUGUAAUUAUCAUCAGGAAUUUUGUAAUUUCCCUUCUUCUUCAGGAGAUAAAUGCUAUUGAUUGUUCUGCCAUUUUAGGACCUGCAGAGAAGAUAGAUAUUUCUGUGUAUAUAUAUAUAUAUAGAUGUAUGUAUGUAUUGGUUGUUGAGAUUUGAGCUUUUGAGGUAUGGAGUUUAGGGGAAAUGGAGAAAGGGGGUUGUGAAUUCGCCAAAGAGUGGGAAAUUAGGUAUUUUCCAUCGAUAAUUCCUACAUGAUUGUCAGGUUAGGAUUUCUGGUUGCUGCUUCCAUUGCAGCAUACACUGUUAAGCAGAUUAAUGUUAAAGGCUCGAAGCCUCGAGACAAACUAAGGAAUGAUGCAGAGAAUCGGCGCCAUGAACGAGAAAACAAAGAGAAGGUGCACGCAAGGUGUUCGACGAAUUUCCUCAAUGAGGAAGAAGAAGACGAGGAAAAGGAGGAAGUGAAGCUGAUCAACAGCAUUAUCAAUCCGGCCCUGGUCGAUCCGUCGAACACCUUCGACGACGAGCUUCUGCCGGAGUUCGAGAGCCUACUUUCUGGAGAAAUCGAGUUCCCGUUACCCACGGAUAAGUACGACACCGCCGCAGCAAAGCUCAAGGCCGAGAAAGACAGAGUAUACGAGGAUGAAAUGGCGAACAACGCAAGCGAACUCGAACGUCUGCGCGACCUCGUCCGUGAGCUCGAAGAACGCGAAGUGAAGCUCGAAGGCGAGCUUCUCGAGUACUACGGAUUGAAAGAGCAAGAAUCGAGCAUCUCCGAGCUACAAAAACAGCUCAAAAUCAAAACAGUCGAAAUCGACAUGCUCAAUAUCACUAUAAGCUCUCUGCAAGCCGAAAGAAAGAAGCUUCAAGAAGAGGCCUCUCACGGCGCCGUCGUCCGGAAAGAACUCGACAACGCGCGAAAGAAAAUUAAGGAACUUCAGAAGCAAAUUCAGCUGGAGUCGAACCAGACGAAAGGGCAACUUCUUCUUCUUAAACAACAAGUUACGGGGCUUCAAGCGAAGGAGCAAGAAGCGUUCAAGAAAGACGCUGAGGUCGAAAAAAAGCUCAAAGCCGUGAAAGAACUCGAAGUCGAGGUCAUGGAACUUAAGCGUAAGAACAAAGAAUUGCAGCACGAGAAGCGGGAGUUGAUCGUGAAGCUCGAUUCUGCUGAGGCAAAAGUGAAAUCCCUUUCAAACAUGACGGAGACGGAAAUGGUGGCGAAGGUGAGGGAGGAAGUGAACGAAAUGAGGCACGCAAACGACGACCUCGUCAAGCAAGUCGAAGGACUUCAGAUGAAUCGAUUUAGCGAAGUCGAAGAACUCGUUUAUCUUCGUUGGGUCAACGCGUGCCUACGAUUCGAGCUUCGAAACUACCAAACGCCGCGGGGGAAAACAUCCGCGCGCGAUUUGAACAAGAGUUUGAGCCCGAGGUCGCAAGAGCGCGCCAAGCAGCUAAUGUUGGAAUACGCAGGAUCGGAGCGCGGAGGCGACACCGAUAUCGACAGCAACUUCGACAACACUUCCGUCGACAGCGAGGAUUUCGACAACACUUCGAUCGAUAGUUCGACAAGCCGAUUGAGCGUGAGCAAGAAGCCUAAUCUGUUUCAAAAGUUCAAGAAAUGGGGAAAGAGUCGCGACGAUUCGAGCGUGCUGUCUUCCCCGGCUCGAUCAUUAGCAGGCGGGUCUCCGAGCCGGGCGAGCAUGAGCCUGAAGCCGAGGGGUCCUCUCGAAGCUUUGAUGAUGAGAAAUGCCGGAGACGGUAAUGCGAUAACGUCAUUCGGAACUGCCGAACAGGACGAGCUUAACUCACCGGAUUCCGUCGCGACGUCUUUCCAGUUGAUGUCAAAGUCGGUCGAAGGCGUUCUCGACGAAAAGUAUCCCGCGUAUAAAGAUCGACAUAAGCUCGCGUUAGAACGCGAGAAGCAGAUUAAGGAGAAAGCGCAGCAGGCGAGAGCGGUGAAGUUCGGCGACCCUCUCCGGGGGAGCGGGAGGCCCGUCUCGUUGCCUCUAAAGCUCACUCAGAUAAAAGAGAAGCCUUCGGUCGUCGUUUCGGGAGACUCAACCAGCCAAUCGAACGACAACGCAGCUGAUACGCCGAUCGUUAGCAAAAUGCAGCUUUCGCAGAUCGAAAAACGAGCGCCUCGAGUCCCGAAACCGCCUCCAAAAUCAUCUUCCGGCGGCGAUUCUGGUGGUGGAAGUACGAAUGUUUCGACUCGGGUACCCGGAGCCCCGCCCCCGCCCCCUCCCCCGCCAGGUGGACCUCCUCGCCCGCCACCGCCGCCCGGAAGCCUCUCGAAAACUAGCGGAGGUGGGGAUAAAGUUCACCGGGCUCCCGAGCUAGUCGAGUUCUACCAGUCGUUGAUGAAACGGGAGGCGAAGAAGGAUACUUCGUCGUUGAUAUCGACGACGUCGAAUGUAUCCGAUGCACGGAGCAACAUGAUCGGGGAGAUCGAGAACCGAUCAUCGUUCCUAUUAGCCGUAAAGGCAGACGUCGAGACGCAAGGUGACUUCGUCAAUUCAUUGGCAGCCGAAGUUCGCGCGUGUUCUUUCGCUAACAUCGAAGAUUUGGUCACGUUCGUGAACUGGCUAGACGAAGAGCUCUCCUUCUUAGUCGACGAACGAGCCGUUCUCAAGCACUUCGACUGGCCGGAGGGGAAAGCCGAUGCAUUAAGGGAGGCGGCGUUCGAGUAUCAAGAUCUAAUGAAAUUGGAGAAGCAAGUGUCGUCGUUCAUCGACGACCCAAAUCUCCCUUACGACGAGGCUUUGAAGAAGAUGUAUAAGUUGCUCGAAAAGGUGGAGCAAAGCGUAUAUGCGCUGCUUCGUACACGAGACAUGGCGGUUUCGCGCUAUAAGGAGUUUGGAAUCCCGAUCAACUGGCUGCUUGAUUCUGGCGUGGUCGGGAAGAUCAAGCUUUCGUCGGUUCAAUUAGCCCGAAAGUACAUGAAACGCGUCGCAACAGAGCUCGACGCGAUGAAUGAACCCGAAAAAGAACCUAACAAAGAAUUCCUGAUUCUACAAGGCGUUCGUUUCGCAUUCCGCGUGCAUCAGUUUGCCGGAGGCUUCGACGCAGAAAGCAUGAAGGCGUUCGAAGAGCUAAGAAGCCGAGCUCACACACAGACGACAACAUCAACAGAAGAUAACGAACCGGGAGCUUAAGAUACGUCGAUUUCUUCUCGUCAUUUACUUAGCUAUACACUUCAUCUUCGACAAAUUAAAUUACAUGUAUAUCGAAGUUCAUAGGAUCAAUAUUCGAAAAUCAUGCUUAUAGUGAGAUUUAUUUCUUCAUAAA